GUGGCGCCCGCGUCUCGCCCGGCCCGGGUGCUCCCAAGCCAUGCCCCCGGGGCGCCGCAGCAGGGACCCCGAGGCUUGCCUCCGCCCAUGGCCCCCCGCCCCGCCCUCGGGUGCCUCAGGCUCCCGCUGAGCACGCCUCUCGCACGCCCGGGUCCCUCCGGCCAGUGUGCCUUUCGGCCCCUGCGCUGUAGGUCCCCGCGGGGCGAUGGGUUGAUGGGCACCGGGGGACGCAGGAUGCCGGUGCCCCCCGCACGCCUGCUGUUGCUGCCGCUGCUGCAGUGUCUUCUGCUCCUGGCUCCCGGAACUCGGGGUGCGCCUGGCUGCCCAGUCCCUAUCCGCGGUUGCAAGUGCUCUGGGGAGCGGCCCAAGGGACUAAGUGGCGGCGCCCACAACCCGGCUCGAAGGAGGGUGGUGUGCGGCGGCGGGGAACUCCCCGAACCUCCAGACCCCGGUCUUCUGCCAAAUGGCACCAUCACCCUGCUCUUGAACAACAACAAGAUUACUGGGCUCCGCAACGGAUCCUUCUUGGGACUGUCCCUGCUGGAGAAGUUGGACCUGAGGAACAAUGUCAUCAGCGCUGUGCAGCCUGGAGCCUUCCUAGGUCUGGGAGAGCUGAAACGCCUAGAUCUCUCCAACAACCGGAUUGGCUGUCUCAGUUCUGAGACAUUUCAAGGCCUCCCCAGGCUUCUCAGACUAAACAUAUCUGGGAACAUUUUCUCCAGUCUGCAACCUGGGGUCUUUGAUGAGCUGCCGGCCCUUAUGGUUGUGGACUUUGGUACUGAGUUUCUGACCUGUGACUGCCACCUGCGCUGGCUGCUGCCCUGGGCCCGGAAUCACUCCCUGCAACUGUCGGAGCGCACACUCUGUGCCUACCCCAGUGCCCUGCACGCCCAGGCCCUGAGCAGCCUCCAGGAGGCUCAGCUCCGCUGCGAAGGGGCUCUGGAACUGCACACGCACUACCUCAUCCCAUCCCUACGCCAAGUGGUGUUCCAGGGUGACCGGCUGCCCUUCCAGUGCUCGGCCAGCUACCUGGGCAAUGAUACCAGCAUCCACUGGUACCACAACGGGGCUCCCAUGGAGAGUGAUGAGCAGGCUGGCAUCGUCCUUGCAGAAAACCUCAUCCACGACUGCACCUUCAUCACCAGUGAGCUGACCCUGUCUCACAUCGGCGUGUGGGCCUCAGGUGAGUGGGAGUGCUCCGUGUCCACUGUCCAAGGCAACACCAGCAAGAAGGUGGAGAUAGUAGUGUUGGAGACCUCUGCCUCCUACUGCCCUGCUGAACGUGUGACCAACAACCGUGGGGACUUCAGGUGGCCCCGGACCUUGGCGGGCAUCACGGCUUACCAGUCCUGCUUACAGUAUCCCUUCACCUCUGUGCCCUUGAGCGGGGGAGCCCCAGGUACCCGAGCUUCGCGCCGGUGUGACCGAGCUGGCCGCUGGGAGCCAGGGGACUACUCCCACUGUCUGUACACCAACGACAUCACUCGCGUGCUCUACACCUUUGUGCUGAUGCCCAUCAAUGCCUCCAAUGCAUUGACCCUGGCCCACCAGCUGCGAGUGUACACUGCUGAGGCUGCCAGCUUUUCAGACAUGAUGGACGUAGUCUAUGUAGCUCAGAUGAUCCAGAAAUUUUUGGGUUAUGUUGACCAGAUCAAAGAGCUGGUGGAGGUGAUGGUGGACAUGGCCAGCAACCUGAUGCUGGUGGAUGAGCAUCUUUUGUGGCUGGCACAGCGUGAAGACAAAGCCUGCAGCGGCAUCGUGGGUGCCCUAGAGCGCAUUGGAGGAGCAGCCCUUAGCCCCAACGCCCAACACAUCUCUGUGAACUCAAGGAAUGUGGCGUUGGAGGCCUACCUCAUCAAGCCUCACAGCUAUGUGGGCCUGACCUGCACAGCCUUCCAGAGGAGGGAGGUAGGAAUGUCAGGUGGACAGCCAGAUGGCCCUGGCCAGAACAUCCCGCUUGAGCCUGAGCCCCUGGCUGACCAGCAGCUCCGGUUCCGCUGCACCACUGGGAGGCCUAACAUUUCUCUGUCAUCCUUCCACAUCAAGAAUAGCGUGGCCCUGGCCUCCAUCCAGCUGCCCCCCAGCCUGUUCUCAACCCUUCCGGCUGCCCUGGCUCCCCCAGUCCCUCCAGAUUGCACCCUGCAACUGCUGGUCUUCAGAAAUGGCCGUCUUUUCCGCAGCCAUGGCAACACUUCCCGUCCUGGAACAGCUGGGCCUGGCAAGAGGCGUGGUGUGGCCACCCCAGUCAUAUUUGCAGGAACCAGUGGCUGUGGCGUGGGAAACUUGACUGAGCCGGUGGCUGUUUCACUGAGGCACUGGGCUGAAGGAGCUGACCCCUUGGCAGCUUGGUGGAACCAAGAGGGGCCUGGAGGCUGGAGUUCUGAAGGCUGUAAGCUCCGCUUCAGCCAGCCCAACGUCAGCUCCCUGUACUGCCAGCACUUGGGCAAUGUAGCUGUGCUCAUGGAGCUGAGUGCAUUCCCACGGGAGGCAGGAGGCUCUGGGGCUGGAUUGCAUCCUGUUGUGUACCCCUGCACGGCUUUGCUGCUGCUCUGUCUUUUCUCCACUAUCAUCACGUACAUCCUCAACCACAAUUCCAUCCAUGUGUCCCGGAAGGGCUGGCACAUGCUGCUGAACCUGUGUUUCCACAUGGCCAUGACGUCUGCUGUCUUUGUGGGGGGCAUUACUCUCACCAACUACCAAAUGGUUUGCCAAGCGGUGGGUAUCACCCUCCACUACUCCUCGUUGUCCACACUGCUCUGGAUGGGGGUAAAGGCUCGAGUCCUCCACAAGGAGCUCACUUGGAGGGCGCCCCCUCCAGAAGAAGGGGAUGCAGCCCCGCCCGGUCCUCGGCCCAUGCUCCGGUUCUAUUUGAUUGCUGGAGGGACCCCCCUCAUAAUCUGCGGCAUCACCGCUGCGGUCAACAUCCACAACUACCGGGACCACAGUCCCUAUUGCUGGCUGGUGUGGCGUCCAAGCCUUGGCGCCUUCUACAUACCGGUGGCGUUGAUCCUGCCCAUCACCUGGAUCUACUUCUUGUGUGCGGGUCUGCACUUACGGGGUCAUGUGGCCCAGAAUCCAAAGCAGGGUAAUAGUAGGCUCUCUCUGGAGCCAGGGGAAGAGCUGAGGGGAUCCACCAGGCUCAGGAGCAGUGGCGUCCUCCUGAGUGACUCUGGUUCCCUUUUGGCUACAGUUAGCGCAGGAGUAGGGACACCUGCGCCUCCAGAGGAUGGUGAUGGCGUAUAUUCUCCUGGAGUCCAGCUGGGGGCGCUGAUGACUACGCAUUUCCUGUACCUGGCUAUGUGGGCGUGUGGCGCUUUGGCAGUGUCUCAGCGAUGGCUGCCCCGAGUGGUGUGUAGCUGUUUGUACGGUGUGGCAGCUUCAGCUCUGGGCCUCUUUGUCUUCACGCACCACUGUGCCAGACGUAGGGAUGUUCGGGCUUCCUGGCGCGCCUGCUGUCCACCUGCUUCGCCUUCGGCCUCCCACGCCCCAACCUGCGCCCUGCCGACUGCUGCGGAGGAUGGAUCCCCGGUGUUGGGGGAGGGACCAGCCUCCCUCAAGUCUUCACCAAGUGGUAGCAGCGGCCGUGCACCGCCGCCUCCCUGCAAACUCACCAACCUGCAGGUGGCCCAGAGUCAACUGUGCGAGGCAGGUGUGGCUGCCCGAGGGGAAGGAGAACCAGAGCCGGUCGGCUCCCGAGGCAGCUUAGCUCCCCGGCACCAUAAUAACCUGCACCAUGGGCGCCGAGUACACAAAAGUCGAGCCAAGGGGCACCGAGCCGGAGAGACUGGUAGCAAGAGCCGGCUCAAGGCGCUGCGGGCGGUCACAUCCCCAGGAUGCCCAGAGCUGCUGUCUAGUGAGAGCGGCAGCUUGCACAACAGCCCGUCCGACAGCUACCCGGGCAGUAGCCGCAACAGCCCGGGCGACGGCCUUCCAAUCGAGGGAGAGCCCAUGCUCACACCGUCGGAGGGCAGCGACACAAGUGCCGCGCCAAUCCCAGAGACGGGGCGCCCUGGGCAGCGCCGCAGCGCAAGCCGCGACAACCUCAAGGGCAGUGGCAGCGCUCUGGAGCGGGAGAGCAAGCGCCGCUCCUACCCACUCAACACUACCAGUCUUAACGGCGCCCCCAAGGGGGGCAAGUAUGAGGAUGCCAGUGUGACCGGUGCGGAGGCCAUAGCGGGAGGCUGCAUGAAGACAGGCCUCUGGAAAAGCGAGACCACCGUCUAGAGUCAGGUUUAGGAUGGGCCGGCUACACCGGCUUGUUACUUGCAAAUCCUCCUGGGCGUUGCAAGCCGUCGA